GACAGGUGCUAGUGGUCCUUAGGGGCCGUAGUCUGCGCCGGUUUAAGGGAUACGGUUAAUUAUAUCCUUUAAUAUAUAGUAGCUCCUUCGUCAGCUUACAUCUCUCUUACCCGGCCGUAUGGUACGCCGCGCUCGACAUAGUAUCGCUUCUAUGCUCCUUAUUGUCGCGUGAUGGUUGGGAUCACGGUCGUUUAAAACGACUCGUUUUUCCUUCAGCUGGAGGAGCUUUGCAGAUUCGUAAGAAACCCCCCUUUGUGACAUAGCAAGUUCUAUCUAUAAAUUAUCGACACAACGAAAGCGAUUCAAGUCACGUACAUAGCUCAGGACUACGGAGAAGUCCAGCUGGGGCUGCGCUGAUCUAUCGACCGUAGUCUUGCAUUCGGCAUCGUUCCUCAGCGGUGGCUUGGGGUGUUGCGAGUUCUAAGUGCCUACCCAGAUAUAUAAUAGCUUGCAACCGCUUGUCUGGAUCGUCUAUUCUUCUUUAGAAGUAUCAUAGACCAAAUUCUGCGAUAGUCGUUCAAGCUUCCUAAGCUGCAUACCCAUUCGACAUGCUUUGCAACAUGCGCUUGAGCGGGAAUCUUCCUGCCUUAACUCCUGCCGCGUGGGUUACGCUGCUCUGGCUUUCUUUCUGGUCUUGCGUAACGGAUGCUUCCCGCAUAUAUCCUCGAGUCGAUAUUAGGCCUAUCUUGACUAGCCAGAAUUGGUCGUCUAAAACGAUCAUAUCGUAUCCCGGCUCUUCGCAGUUCUUCAACGCUACGGAGCGUUGGACUACGUUUAGUGCCCCGACUUAUAGCGCGGCCAUUAGUCCGGGCACGGAAGAUGACCUCGUAAAAGUUGUGAAACUGGCGACAUCGCGCAAGAUCCCGUUUCUCGCCACUGGAGGACGUCACGGAUAUUCCACUACUUUCGGAGAACUUCACGAUGGUCUAGCUAUCGACCUGAGCCACUUCGAUUCGAUCAAGCUGGACAAAUCUGCUGAAACGAUCACCGUUGGGCCCGGGGUUACUGUAGGCCAGAUCUUCGACCCCUUAUAUAACGCCGGCUUUGACCUUCAAACCGGCAGUGCUCCUUGUCCAAGCUUAAUCGGCGUUUCGCUUGGCGGUGGUAUCGGUCAAUACCAGGGAGUCUACGGUCUAAUCGCAGAUGCGCUGGUUUCCGCGCGCAUGGUCACCGCCAGCGGGGAUAUCAUUGAUGUGUCGGCUAAUUCGCACCCUGAUCUCUUCUGGGCUAUUCGCGGAGCGGGAACGAAUUUCGGCAUCGUUACGUCGGCUACUUAUAAAGUUCACCCGCUGACCGACAGUGGAGAUGUUUUCGUCGCCGAGUUCCUCAUUUCGGCGCAACAAAUCUCUAAAUACUUCGAGACAAUGGAGUCGAUGAAUCCUCUACCCGCAAAACUAUCAUCGAUGAUGCUUAUCGAUUUUAACAGUACCACGAACAAGACGCAAGGUCAGGUGCAUUGGGCGUACAAGGGCCACGAAGACGAAGGUCGUAAAGCCCUAGCACCGAUCUUUAACCUCAAUCUCGAACCCACUCAGAUCAAAGUCUUCAAGUGGAAUAAACUUAUAGGUGGUCUGUUCGGAGGCGUCAACGAUCUCGCCUGCCAAGGCAACGUAACUCGUAACUUAUACAACUGGAACAUGAAGAACUACUCGACGUCCACGUACUACGCCUCGUUUGGAAAGAUGGACAAGUUCUUCGCAAAAUACCCUGGCGCGCGCGGAAGCAUCCUCCAGUUUGAGUUUUUCCCGAACGAAGCCAUGGCGGCUGUGCCUGCGAGCGAGACUGCGUUCCCCUGGAGAGAUACGACUACAUACAUAAACUUCAACAUGUUGUGGGAUGACGGAGACAGUGUCACGGAAAACGCCGCAAUUGCGCUUGGGCUUGAGCUCCGCAGCGAGUUCGUCGCCGUGUCAGGAUAUCCAGAACUCACGGUAUUUGUCAACUAUGCCCACGGCGAUGAGAAGGUGGAGCAGAUUUAUGGAAAGGACAAAUUGCCCCGCCUGGCAAGUUUAAAGAAAACCUGGGAUCCGAACCAGGUCUUCAGUUAUAACCAUGGAUUGCCCACUCAGUAUCCAUGAAGGAAAAAAGGUUACCGGGAUUUUUUUCACUUCAAUUAGACGGCUGCAGCGGAAUGUAGAAUAUGGUUGCUUUUGGUGUUAGACUGUAUAACUACCUACUUAGACAUAUUUCUUUCGUACCUAUAACAAAAGUUUCGGAUCAAUUUUCAAAUACUUGCUUAUCUCUUUGGUUGGCAUAAGGCUACAAUUUCCACCAAACCAAUAAGUUUGCAUUGGCGAUAGCGCAGGUCUGUUGAACCUGCGAGCGUUGAGGCUCUUACUACGUACAGUGAUCGUCAGAGGGGUCUAACCAAUCACGAAGUAGAAGUAAGCUUUUGUGCAUGUCAGUGGUGCUGUGGCAGCGUGGAGCUCAGGGGCUACUGGCACUAGUGUAAUUAUAGUGGAGUGUGGCCUCAUGCCAACCAAAGGGAUGGAUUCAAGUAAGAUUCUGGGCAUUGGCAUCCGUCAUCUGGCCAAAUUUCAGUUAAAACACCGAGCAAUAUAGCACUGCAUUAAUAGUGAAUAGCUUAAGUAUCACAGAGU